AUGAGGCAGCAGGAGAUGACCCAUUCGCCUGCCUACUACCAAGAGCAUGGCCACCUCAUGACGACAUCCCUUCAUGAUCCCUCAACGACUCCCGCCGUUCCUCCUGCAGCGCAUCAUCCCCCGUCGGAUCCUCAUCGUUCUAAGCAGGGGGCGGCCAUCUACCCUCCGUCUGAACUCAAUUCCGUUGAAGAUGCCUCUCCGAACGCCUUCCCUUCCGAUUCGUGGGAUGUGUCCUAUCUUCACCAAUAUCCGCAGGAGCCGCACCGGUUGCCGCGUCACUAUCAACAGCAGCAGGCUCCGGGGGAGUUGAUAUACCCAGAUCCCGAGCCCCCUGUCGUGACUCCGGUGUCCGUCCCUUCAUCCCGCAGAGAAAAUGGCCCUGCGUCAACUCCGGCGUCGUAUAGCAACGGGGCCGCACGAAAGGAAGACCGGACUCGUGGGAGUUGGACCGACCACUCGUCCUCCAUGUCCGGCGACAACCAUCACCAUAGUGCCCCUCGCGUUCACAAACGACCGAUUCAUGAUGAAGAACCUUUGGCGGACGAUAGUCAGGAUGCAUUGUUGAUGCUGUUCCGACUCUCUCUGCCGGUACCGAUCUUUUCUCUAUGUGCAUCUCUAUACACCGUCUUCGGCUUGUUCUUCGUCCUCUUCACCGCCCCCUUUCGUCUCUGUUCCUGCAUUCCUUACCUUCGAUCCACCUCGUUUCGCGCACAACUAUGCGAUCUUCUCGUCCCGCAGUUGCAUCUUCAUGAGCGACUGGUCUGUCUGCGCAAAUCCUCCUUUCGAUCGGCGUCGACGCAAUCAAUACACAAUAACGAUCCGGACCGGCCGUCGGCUUCAAAUCCGUGCGAAGCCUAUUCCGUCGGCGGCCUGGUAGCGGUUCUCCUCGUAUCAUCUCUCCUCUCCCUGGCCUUCCUUCUUCUCGUUUGGACAGCGGCCUUUUUCUGGAUAUUUGCCAUGGUUCUCGGCAACCCAGAUGGCACGGAGCGGAAGGAUGACGGUCGAGCGGCUGUUCUUGGAGUCGCUAGAUGGUGGCAUAUAUGGUUAGGCAAGGCUCGAAAGUCGCCUCGCUAA